UCCCCGAUGCCACAAACGGACGCGCGCGUGCAGCACGGUUUACACUCUCACUGCUGACCGGAGAGAUGGCCACGGCUCUGUCACGCGCUCUCAAACUGCCCGGGAAGAAGGGUUCGGAGCUGGGGGAGUAUGACCCCCUGACCCAGGUGGACAGUGAAGAUGACAGUGAGGAAGACGACCUGGUGUUGAAUUACCCCCGGAACGGCCUCGCCUCACACACACACAGCGCUACACUCAGGCUGGGACAGGAAGGGGCGGAGCUACACGAGGAGGAUGAGGAGGACGCGUGGAGACACGGCGACGGGAAGGACAGGAGGGGCGAGACGGGAGUGGCCGCAGAUGAGGGGGCGGGGCUGGUGAGCGAGGGGGCGGGGCAGAAGGCGAAGGUCAGGGCAGCGGUGCGCACGGCGGCGUUUGUGGUGCCGCUGAUGUGCGCCGCGGUGUUCGUCCUGCUGUUAGCCUUCCUGUUGCCAUGCCGACGGGGGAGUUCGGUCAGGCGGACGACGUGGGAGACUCACGUGGGACACGCAGGAGGUGUGAUGUCACCUCCCAUGGCAUUAUGGGAUGUAGACGGGGACGCAGUGGAGGACCUACUAAUCGCAGUGAUGACCAUAAACAACAGCAGCCAGCAGAUCAGUUCCCUAGGAAACAGCAAGGAGUACAGUGUGGUGGUUCUGAAUGGGUUGAAUGGGUCAGUGAUGUGGAGUCGGUCACUGAAGGAGCCUCUCUCUUCUGUACAGUGUUCAGCUCCUAACACCUGUCUGCUCAUCACCUCAACACACCUGAGCAGCGUCAACGCUUCUACAGGUAAGAAGUUGUGGGAGGUGCCAGCAGGACAGGUGGAGUCUCAGGCUGUGGCGGUUCCUGAUUUGCAGGGAGAUUCUGUUCCAGACCUGCUGAUUGCUACUCUACCUGCAGACCAGGAAUCAGAUCUCUCUCUUGUCCUGCACUCAGGGAUGACAGGCUCUCUGAUUGGCCAGCCAGUAAACUUUAACCUCACAGCACAGGGAAAGCUGAUUGGUCCGUUGCUGCAUGAGACGGCUGUGGGAGCGUACUACAUCCUGUUCGGUUUGGGUACGGUGGAGGCGGUGUCUCUCAGAGAUGUUUAUAAACAGGCGACGGGACGGACGAGAGUUCCCACCAGUCUCAGUGUGAAGGACCCCGUGUGGGACAAACAGAGGAAAAACAACUCGUCUACACUCAUCCGCAUCUACAGUGGUGUAGAACAGGUGGAAUGUUUUCUCCCACUGGUGGCUGGAGUGUGUAAUAACCACAAUAACCUGGACACUGAGUGGAGCCGGAAUUCCAGCCGCAGUGACUGGGUGCUGUGUGUGAAGAGUCGCGUCUCCGUCAUCCGAGAGAGAGACAUACACACCACCUGGACUAUCAACUCAUCCUCCAUGCACAGUCGUCCCGCUAUUGGUCAUUACAAUGAUGAUGGAGUUCCUGAUCUGCUCAUCCAGCUCUCUGCCAAUGGUGUCCGAAAGGUUCUAAUAGUUGAUGGAGCUCAGGGGCAGAGCCUGUGGGAGGCGGAGUUUGUUUGUCCCCGCCUUGUUCUAGAAGGUUCCACCAUUCUGACCUCCUCUGGCCAAUCAGUGUUCCUGUUCUGGGCAGGAGAUCCACUACCUGCCUCAAAGAACAUUACCAAGGUAAACCCACCUGAGCCGGUUCUCCGCAGGCUUUUCCUACUUCACCCAGCGUAUCCCACAAUUCUCCAGGAGCUCCUCAGCACUACUGAUACAGCGCUCACAGCUACAGUGAGUUACGAUGACGAGCAGAAGGACGUGUCCUACGUGGUGGUGGUGUCACGGCCCGUCUCAGGUCUGGGCCCCGGACCCCAGCUGGUGAAGAGUGUGAGUGUGAGAGCGUCUCUGACCACCGCCUCCACCGUACGCCUGAGUGAAGACCCGCGCUCUCACACACACACACACACCGCCUUCCAGAUCAACAAGUUCUUCAGAAGCCUCUCCUUCAGACGCCAGUGAGAAGCUGAAGGAUCUGGAUCAGGAUCUGGAUCAGGAUCUGGACCAGGAUCUGGACAUUCACAAUGAUACAUAUUGAUUCACAUUUAUUUAUUUAUGGUGAGGAGUUCCCUCACUGAGAACAUUCCAUACAGGAGCUACAGUGCUAACAGUAAUGCUAACACUAGUGUAGCGCUUCAGCCGUCUUGUGUAUGAACCUCCAUUAACAAUAAUACAAACAUAAUCAACUGCAGUAGAAACGUGUGUUUGGAGCUGCGCAGUUCAAUAUACGUCACGAUGCUGUUAGUGUUAGCACUGGUGUUAGUGUUAGCGUUAGCACUGGUGUUAGUGUUAGUGUUAGCACUAGUGUUAGCGUUAGCACUGGUGUUAGCAUUAGUGUUAGCACUAGUGUCAGCGUUAGCACUAGUGUUAGCGUUAGCACUAGUGUUAGCGUUAGUGUUAGCACUAGUGUUAGCGUUAGCAC